AAAUGCAUCUAUUCAGAGGCUCUUUAGACAUGGGAAAAUUAACCCCUCAAAUUCUCAGAAGAGCCAGUGGCUCCUGUGCCACAUUCUCUUCAAAAGUCUGUGUGAGUCUGUGUUCAAGCACGUGGGGGAGUCCUGAAACUGAUGGAAAACACCUGCCUGACACCCACGGCCGCACACUCUCGCUUAGCCUAUCCUUUGUGUUCCUGAGCACGUUGCUCUGGUCCAAAGGUCCAUUUCCUCUUCUGGCAAAGGAUCUCCGGAUUGGCAAGCGGAAGAAGGUCCGCCACUAACCAUGUUGGCAGGCGGGGCCCCAGAAGCCAGAAGGGCGCCCAGUGCCGUGCUUCCCCGGUGAAACUGCACCAGCCGACUGCCAGAAUUCCCCCACUGAGUCACAUUAGGGUCCGUUUUCCGGAGCUCCGCGAACGCUUCCCCAAAGCGCGAGGGCACCGCUCUUGUCAUCCAGCUGGAAUGCAUCACCGGCGGGCGCGAGCCAAUCGGCGCGCGGGCUGCGGGGUGGGGGCCGAUAUAAUGCCUCUGCGGCGCCGGCAGAAGCAGGCAGCGGUCUGGUUGCUGAAGCGGCAAGAGGGCGCCCGGCCUGUCGCAGCUUUGGUUGUGUGCGGCGCGGUCCAGGCAUUGUCUUCCGGCUGAGUCCAGCAAAAAGAAGAACCAAAGUCACUGAAAAUAGGAACUUGUUUCCCAACAGGAUGAAUUCACUUGCCAUCAUCUCUGUCAUGCUGAGCACUUUCAUUGCAGAGAUGGCAGCUUCGACAUAUAUUUGGCCGAGACAACAGAAGCUGACAAGCAAAACAAAAUAUGAAUACAAAGGUUGUACCUGUUUGAAUGGAGGGACUUGCGUGUCUUACUGGCUGUUUUCUCGAAUUCAAACCUGCUUGUGUCCUAAAGGGUAUGAUGGAGAUCACUGUGAGAUAGAUGUUGAAACCAGUUGUUACACUGGGGAUGGCAGAGACUACAGAGGGACUGAAUCAGUGAAUGAGAAUGGAGAAAACUGUCUGGCUUGGGACUCCCACAUGCUCAAGAGGUGGCCCUACAAUGAGCACAUGGAGAAUGCACUGGAGCUUGGAUUAGGCAGACACAACUAUUGCAGGAAUCCAGAUGGCCAAUCUAAGCCUUGGUGUUAUGUUAGGAGGGGAUAUCGCACUUCUGUGACACCUUGUGAUAUACCCACAUGUCAAAAACCCCGGACAUGUGGCCAGAGGAACUUAAGUAAGAACUUCAAGAUUGUGGGUGGGCAGACGGCCCCUAUUGAGUCUCAACCUUGGAUAGCCACCAUCUUCCACACCAGAGGGAAUCAGUUUUUUUGUGGUGGCAGCCUCAUUGACCCAUGUUGGGUCCUUACAGCAGCACAUUGCUUCUCGGGCAAUGGCUUCGAUGUAUCCAAGCUCAUAGUUAGGCUGGGAAGGUCUGCAACGAAUGUCACCAAUGCAAAUGAUCAGGAAUUUAAUGUCGACAGACUUAUCAUUCACGAGGCGUUUUCACAACAAAGAGGGGAUUUUGACAAUGACAUAGCCUUAAUAAGGAUUAGGUCAUCUUCUGGGCAGUGUGCAGAAGAGUCCAACAUUGUCAAAACCAUCUGUUUGCCCUCUGAAGAUUUAAUGCUGAGAGACCAUUCCCAGUGUGAAGUUUCUGGCUAUGGAAAACAAAACAAAAUGGACAUUUACUACUCACGAGUACUGAAAUCGGCUAAUGUACAUUUAAUAUCCCAGUCCAUGUGUGAAAGAUACUACGAGGGUCACAAGGUGAAUGAGAACAUGCUCUGUGCUUCGGACUUACAGUGGAGGUCUGACUCAUGCAAAGGAGAUUCAGGCGGUCCCCUCACUUGCGCGUUUAACGACAGGAUGGUGCUCUACGGGAUCGUCAGCUGGGGAGAUGGCUGUGCGAAGGAAGGAAAGCCUGGCGUGUACACAAGAGUCACCAGAUACCUCCCUUGGAUUGAAUCCAACAUGAAUAGAAUCCAUUUCAAAAGUUUCUACCCUCCAAAAUGAAGAGGGGGGGGGGGUAUCACUUGGUGUUAACCAUGGUGUCAGACUCAAGGAAUUUGAGCCAAGCCUGUUUGCAGGUGUUGAAAUGCC